AUGAACGUUUCACCAACAGAUAGGGUUCACACUCAGAAAGGCACACGGCAGACCCCGGAGCAUGACUCCGCGGCUGACCCAGCUGUUAACUUGCAGGAGGCACAUAAUUGCCUGAAUGAUCUAAAUGGACUAUUAAAUCACGAAGAUAUUCCUAAGAAACAAAGUGUAUACAUAGCUAAACUAGAAGGUGAAUUAGAAGCAACUAAAAAUAUAGAGGACUAUGUCCAAGGACUAAUUGCUACAGAAACUCAAAGUUACGUUAGUGCAACAAGUAGAAAUAGAAAUGUAAAUCAAGACAAUAAUGUCAGAUUAAGAUCAAAUUCAAAAAGAUCGCGAUCUCGAAAACGAGACGAUCAUGUGUUGUUAGUGUAUCCGAAAGAAGACACUGAACAGACUUCAGAAGAAGUUAAAGAACAAUUAACGAAGUACAUUAACCCAGGGAAGUUAAAAGUCGGUAUAAAAAACGUAAAGAAGAUAAGUAAAGGCGGGGUUUUGAUAGAAACGACAAAGAAAGAAGACCUCAAGAUAAUCGAAGAGGCAAUAAAAGAAAACAGAAAAUUAAAGGAUAGCGUCGACACUAGAAAGCCGCAAAAACUAAAUCCCCGAAUAAUAAUUUAUAAUGUCAAAGAAGACAUAACCAAGGAAAAACUAAAGAGAUUAAUAAAAUCCCAAAACACAGGGUUCGAAGAGAGUAACACAGAAGUCCUUUACCCGAUGAAGGCAAGAUUCGGAAACCACUGGGUUAUAACCACAGACCCGGAGACAUACCAACGCAUGAUGCGCCAAAAGAAAGUUAACCUACAAUGGACUAGAAACAAUGUGUGCGAAUACAUUAAAGUUACACAAUGCUCAAAAUGCUUAGGAUUUAACCACAAUGCAAAAAACUGCCAAAAAGAGAAAAUCUGCGCCGGAUGCGGAUCAGGAAAACACGAGGCUAAGGACUGCCCCAAAAAGGAGAAAACAUGUUCAAAUUGCACGAAAGCCAAUGACCGUUAUCACACGUGUCACAAUACUAAACACGAUACUAGAAGUAAGGACUGCCCAUGCUAUUAUAGAGAAUUAAGACUAUUAACCCAAAGAAUAAACUAUAGAUAG